AUGGGGGACUGGAGCAUGCCCAUCGGCUCGCUGGGCGAGGACGUGGUGGCCCGGCUGUGUGAGCUGCUGGAUAACGCCGGCCGGGGCUGGCGCAAGCUGGCCGAGCUGGCCGGGGCCGAGAAACGCUUCAGGUGCAGCGUGGAGGAGCUGGAGAUGUGCUCGCUGAAGGUGCUGGAGCCCCGCGGCAGCCCCACGCAGUGCCUGCUGCAGCUCCUGGCCGAGCGCGACUGCACCCUGCGCUACCUGCUGGGCUGCCUGGAGCGCAUGGGGCACGAACAGGCCUGCCGGGUGCUCAGCUCCGCCGUCCAGGAUGGGAUUCGCAUCACGGUGCAACCAGAGUCGCAGGUGGUGGCAGAGGGGACGCAGGUGUCCCUGACCUGCUGUGCAACUGGCCCGCCCGGGCUCAUGUACCAGUGGUUCUGUGGGAGGCAGGAGGUGCCUGGAGCCACAUCCCCAGAGCUGGUGAUUGACACAGCCACUCCUGCGGGCCAGUGGUACAUCUGCCGGGUGAACUGUGGGGCCACAUUCACCUUCUCCAGGUGGGCUCACGUGCAGGUGGAGAAGAGCAGCAGCCCCAGCUCAGGCAGUGGCUACUGCCCGAGCAUGGCAGGGCUGCAGAUCCUGCGGCAGCCGCGGCCGUGCCGCCUGGCCGAGGGGGACACGCUGGCCCUGGAGUGCAGAGCCAUCGGCAACCCCCCGCCCCAGUACCAGUGGUUCAGGAACCGGCGCCCCGUGGAAGGGGCACAGGCACCCCAGCUCCAGGUGAAGCUGGUGACAACGGCCGAGCGGGGCAGCUACUCCUGCCACGUGUUCAACCUCUUCCACGAGGUGUGGAGCCAGGAGGUGGAUGUGGAGAUUGGCCCACGGCUCUUCACCUCUGGAGGCUCCUGGCAGGAGGGGGAUGGAGGCUCCCUAGAGCAUGGCAGCCCUGGACAGCUGUAUGCCACGGACAAAGUGGCGCUGCUGAUUGGCAACAUGCACUACCUGCACCACAAGCAGCUGCAGGCGCCCAUCGUGGAUGUUCACGCCCUCGGUGCCCUCCUGUGCCAGCUCAACUUCAAGGUGGUGUCCCUGCUGGACCUGCGCAAGGCUGAGAUGCAGAUGGCCGUCGAUGAGUUCCUCCUCCUCCUCGACAAGGGCGUCUACGGUUUGCUCUACUACGCCGGGCACGGCUAUGAAAAUUUUGGCAACAGCUUCAUGGUGCCCAUCGACGCGCCCAGCGCCUACACGUCAGAGCACUGCCUGUGCGUGCAGCGGGUGCUGCAGGAGAUGCAGCAGCGCCGCACCGGCCUCAACAUCUUCCUGCUUGACAUGUGCCGCAAGAGGAACCUCAAUGAUGACAUCAUCCCGCAGGUUGGGGCGCUGGAGGUCACGGCCAACAUCGUCUUUGGCUAUGCCACGUGUGCAGAUGCUGAAGCCUAUGAGCUGAGCCAGGGCGAGCUCUCCAACGGCAUCUUCGUCACCUUCCUCAAGCGCUGGCUGCUGGAGGAUGAGAAGAUCACGGUGCUGCUGGACAAGGUGGCCGAGGACAUGGGCACUCUGGAGAUCACGCGGGGCCGGCAGGCACUGGAGCUCCGCAGCAACCUCUCAGAGAGACGGGCACUGACAGACCCCAUCCGCCCCCCGGGCCAGGACGAGUCCUCUGCCAGGAACCUGCAGUGGGCCAAGGCUCAUGUGCUGCCAGAGAGCCGGCACCUCUGCUUCGACUGCGGUGUCACCGUCCAGCUGGGCUUUGCUGCCGAGUUCUCCAACAUUAUGAUCAUCUACACGCGUGUGGUGGCUGCCCCCAAGGACAUCACCAAGUGUGAGGCCCGGCUCACUGAUAUUCCCGAGGAGCUGGAUGUGGACCUCAAGUGCACCAACAAGGAGAGCCCAGAGGAGCUGGGCAGCCCGCUGGCACCCGUCUGGAGCCUCGGCUGCCCCUCCUGCUGCCUCUACAGCCGGGUCUGUGGCUUGCAGAAGCUGCGGCAGGAGCUGGCCUUCACCGUGUGCCUGCAGUACCGCUACCAGGGCAUGGACGACUUUGUGGAGGAGCGGCAGCGGGUGAACGUGGGGCGGCCGCUCAUCGCCAAGCUCAACCUGCAGUGGGCAGCGCCCCCCUCCCCAGCCCACAGCCCCCUGUGCCCCUCUGCCCCCGGGAGCUGGGGCGUGGGGGAGAGCUCAUGGGUCAACACCCCCGAGGAGAACCUGAGCCCCGAGGGCCCCGGCUCCCACACCCUGUAG